CCACAGCCGCCCCCCUGCCCGCCCCUCCCCGACUUGUGUGGUGCCCCCGGCGUUUGAGGUUGGCUUGAGUGCUGUCGGUGCGUGAGAUGCGCCCAAGCAUUAUUAUCUAGGGAGGAGUCCCGACCCGAGGCUGCUGUCCUACCAGGGCUGUUCUGGAGCCUCCCGCCUGCGGCCCCCCGAAUCCCCGAGGCCUGGCCGAGGUGAGCCGCGAAGAGUUCGCGGGUUGCGGGAGGGAGGACCGGACCCCGGGAUGUUGCGGCGGCGGGACGCGGGACACAGGCCAGAGAGGCGCGAGCGGGACCUUUGUGGGCGCUGGCAGGCGCAGGGUCGUGCAUCCCCGGCUCUGUCCUCCUGUGCCCUACCAGCCAUCCCGCAGAUGCGCCCCUGAACUCGGCAGGUCGGGCACUUCGUCCCCAUUGGCCGAGCCCAGCCACCCUCCUGUGUCCUCCUGACCUAUAGCCAUUGUGCUACUUGCCCGGCGCCUGCCGGCGUUUGAAUUUGCUACCAGCCGGCGGUGAACAUGAGAAAAUUAUUUCCUCGCCUUACCAUCGCCACUGCCCUUCCCGGGGACAGGCAUUAUGAAAUGAGUUGCAGGCUUCUCGAAAUGGCAGAACCCAGGUGGUUGGUUAAUGUGCCCGUUUUCUUUUUCCGAAGCAGCUUCCUCUAAAAAUCUGGAAAUUGUUUCCUUAACAGGAGAGGGUUAGAAUUGGGUGGGAAAGCUUGAGGUGGAGAAGCGUUGUCACAGGCAGGCAGGCAGGAUAGAGCAGGUGCUCUGAAGCCUGCCCGGGUUGGCAUUCUGGUGUCAUCCUCACUGGCUAUGCGAACUGGAACAAGUGGCUCCCACAGUACUCUCAGUUUCCUGCCCUCAGUUUGCUCAUCUAUAAAAUAGGGUUACUGACAGUGCUAGCUGUGCUGUGGGACUAAACGAUGUAGGCGGUGCCUGGCACCCAAUGAGACAUGAGGAGUUGCUGUGUAACUCAUAAGAUUCCUAAGUCCUUUUCCUCUGAGUCCGGGAAAGAGCUGGGGCCUGGACCAGCAUGGCCCAGCCCUUCUCUCUGGUCCUGUCGGCUCCUGGCUCCUUCUGAUUUAUCUCUGACGGUAGGCCAUUCUCAGAUGGCAUAAGGAUUUCAGGGCUGUUGAUUCCGAGGGGUGGAGAGUAGAAGGGGCUUCCUCCUGGUUCCCUUUUUCUUCUCUCAGAUCUGGCUUCUGGAGACUGUCCAUCCUCAGGGGAAAGAGCCCAGAAAGAAGACAUGGCUACUGAACAGAGGGAAGCAAGGUCUCAGGUGUCAGUGACAUUCGAGGAUGUGGCUGUGCUCUUCUCACGGGAUGAGUGGAGAAGGCUGGGUCCUUCUCAGAAGAACUUGUACCAAGACGUGAUGCUGGAGAACUAUAGCAACCUGGUCUCACUGGGACUCCCAUUUUCCAAACCCAAAGUGAUCUCCCUGUUGCAGCAAGGAGAAGAUCCUUGGAAGGUAGAGAAAGAAAGUCCUGGAAGCUUCUCCACAGGAUGUAAGAGCAGUCCUAAAACCACAAAGUCAACUCAAACUCAAGGCUUGUCAUUUUGGGGGCUGAUAAGAAAGAGACUCAAAAAAGAUGAACCCUGGAACUUCAUAUCCCAAAACCCCUGCAUGUAUGAAGACAAAAUAAAGAAACAGAAGGACGAAAAUGAAAGUUUACAAAUUAUUUCAAUCACCCAUACAGAAAUCCUCACUAUAGAAAGAAGCCAUAAAAACAAUGACUUUGGCCAAAACUUCAGCCUAAAAUCAGUGUUUGUUAAGCCACAGAGGCUUGCUAGAGAAAAAAUACCGUCAAAAUAUGAAAUGCAAAGAAAUAGCUUUAAACAGAAUUCAAAUUUACUUAACCAACCAAAAAUGAAGACAGCAGAAAAACGCUAUAAAUGUAAUAUAUGCGAAAAAGCCUUCAUUCACAAUUCAUCCCUUCGUAAACAUCAGAAAAACCAUACUGGAGAGAAAUUAUUUAAAUGUAAAGAAUGUUUGAAAGCCUUCAGCCAAAGCUCAGCUCUUAUUCAACAUCAAAGAACUCAUACUGGAGAGAAACCCUAUAUAUGUAAAGAAUGCGGGAAAGCCUUCAGCCAUAGUGCAUCCCUUUGUAAACACCUAAGAACCCAUACUGUGGAAAAAUCCUAUAGGUGUAAAGAAUGUGGUAAAUCCUUCAGCCGAAGGUCAGGCCUUUUUAUACAUCAGAAGAUCCAUGCUCGAGACAACCCCCACAAAUAUAACCCAGGUCGGAAGGCAUCCAUUUGCAGCACAUCCCUUCCUGGAUGUCAGAGAAUUCAUUCCAGAAAGAAGUCCUAUUUAUGUAAUGAAUGUGGCAACACCUUUAAGUCUAGUUCAUCUCUUCGUUAUCAUCAGAGAAUUCACACAGGAGAGAAGCCUUUUAAAUGUAGUGAGUGUGGGAGAGCCUUCAGUCAGAGUGCAUCUCUCAUCCAGCAUGAAAGAAUUCACACUGGAGAAAAACCCUAUAGAUGUAAUGAAUGUGGAAAAGGCUUCACUUCUAUUUCACGACUUAAUAGACACCGAAUAAUUCAUACCGGAGAGAAAUUGUAUAGUUGUAAUGAAUGUGGUAAAGCCUUAAGUUCCCAUUCAACACUCAUUAUUCAUGAACGAAUUCAUACUGGAGAAAAACCAUGUAAGUGUAAAGUGUGUGGGAAAGCCUUCAGACAAAGUUCAGCACUCAUUCAACAUCAGAGAAUGCACACUGGAGAAAGACCUUAUAAAUGUAAUGAGUGUGGGAAAAUGUUCAGGUGUAACUCAUCUCUUAGCAAUCAUCAGCGAAUUCAUACAGGAGAGAAACCAUAUCAAUGUCUGGAAUGUGGGAUAUCUUUUGGCCAAAGUGCAGCUCUUAUUCAACAUCAAAGGAUUCACACAGGAGAGAAACCCUUUGAAUGUAAUACAUGUGGGAAAACCUUUAGGCAAAGCUCAUCACUUAUUGCCCAUCAGAGAAUUCAUACUGGAGAGAAACCCUAUGAAUGUAAUGCAUGCGGAAAACUCUUCAGCCAGAGGUCAUCCCUUACUAACCAUUAUAAAAUUCACAUUGAGGAAGACCCCUUGAAAGUAGAUUUGCAUGGGUGAGAUCCUUAAACCAAAGCUCUUUAGAGUACACUUGGCCCUGUGUAUCUGUGGGUUCCACAUCCACUGAUUCAAAUAACCACAAAUUUUAAAUAUUCAGAAAAAAAAAUUCCAGAAAAUUCCCCAAAGCAAAACUUGAAUUUACCACACACCAACAACUGUUUAAUAGCAUAUACAUUGUAUUAGGUGUUAUAAGUAAUUUAGAAAUUAUUUUAAGUAUCUGAGAAGAUAUGUGUAGGUUAUAUGCAAAUUCUACACUAUUUUGUAUAAGGUACCUGAUCAUUCUCAGAUGUUGGUAUCUGUGGGGGUCCCAUAAUCAGUUCCCAUGGAUACUGAGGGACAACUCUAUACACACUUGAGAAUGAUUUAAUAAAUGUAAUGAAUAAGAAAAAAAAAAAACUUCUAUUUUAAUUUAGUCCUCAUCAGAUGUUAAAUUCUAAGGAUAAACCUUGACUGUAUAAUAAAUAUGUGGAAAACUUUCAUACCUGUCAGUUACUUUUUAAAAUAUCCUGAGACAAGUAAAUAACAAUAGCAAGUAUUCAUUUUGGCCAUUUUUGAGUUAAAGGCAAGGUUUUUCUAUCUCUUUAUAUAGCAUUGUACACUAUAUGCAAUAUGUAAACAGAAGAAUCUGGGUGCACAUUUGCUGGAUUUCUCAUUAGAAAGACACCAAUGGUAAAAGCUAAUAUAGCAUAUUUAUUAUAACAAACAUUUUAUAUAGCAAACAAAAUCUUAAAAUAUGUGCAUUUUUAGAGCAAAAGACCAAAUAGCAGAUUAAAAACAAACUACCUCAGUGUUUGGAACUUACCUUUUCCUAAACUGUUGUCAAAUUUUGUGCAUGGUUUUCAUUAAAAAGGCAAAAAAAAAAAAU